CACAACGGUGCUCUCGUCUUCUGCAGAACGGUGCAGACAGUAACAUGCCGUCCAGCUGACCACCAUGCAUGGAGCCAGCACCUCCAGUCUGACACCAAAGUACUUCAUCCUCAGUGGAAUUCCCAGGCUGGAAGAUGCACACAUCUGGAUCUCCCUGCCAUUCUGCUUCAUGUAUGUUGUUGCUGUAGUGGGUAACUGUGGGCUCGUCUACCUCAUCAGCCAUGAGGAGAACCUGCAUCGGCCCAUGUAUUACUUUCUAGCCCUGUUGUCCUUUACAGAUUUUAGUGAGUGCACUUCAUUUGUCCCCAAUAUGUUAUGCAUCUUUUGGUUCAGUCUCAAAGAGAUUGACUUUAAUGCUUGCCUUGCACAGAUGUUUUUCAUACAUAUGCUGACAGACAUGGAGUCUGGGGUGCUUAUGCUCAUGGCUGUGGACCACUGUGUGGCCAUUUGCUACCCUCUACACUAUUCCACCAUCCUCACAAACACUGCAAUUAUCAAGGUUGGGCUUGCCACCUUCAUGCGAAGUGUGUUGCUCAUAAUCCCAUUCACUUUCCUGAUCAAGCGCCUUCCCUACUGCAGGGGCAACCUUAUCCAACACACUUAUUGUGACCAUAUGUCUGUGGCCAAAUUAUCCUGUGGCAAUGUUAAGAUUAAUGCUAUCUAUGGUCUCAUAGCUGCCAUAUUGAUUGGGGGAUUUGAUAUGUUCUGUAUCUCUCUGUCUUACAUCAUGAUCAUCCGUGCUGUACUGAAUCUGUCAUCUGCAGAUGCUCGCCACAAAGCCUUCAGCACUUGUAUAUCACACAUAUGUGCUAUUGUGAUUACCUAUGUUCCAGCUUUCUUUAACUUCUUCACUCACCGCUUUGGUGGAAGCACCAUACCUCACCAUAUCCACAUCUUUAUUGCCAACCUCUAUGUAUUGCUGCCUCCCACUUUGAAUCCAAUUGUCUAUGGAUUGAAGACCAAGCAGAUCCAUGAAGAAGUGAUGAAAUUGUUCUCUAGAGAGAAAGGUAUUUUGACUAUGAGAUAAAUAUAUGAUAUAGAAUUCUGCAUUUAGCAUACAGAUAAAGAAAGAAAAAUUAUUGAUGUAGAGAGCAAAUGCAAAAUUCAACAAAAAUGAGCUCAUUACAGGAUAAAAUGCCUGUGGAUUUUUGC